AUGGAGAUGCCACCACCAAGCCGUGAAAUAUCACCCGUGCCCACUACACAAGAGAGAGUCUCUCACUUCACAAAGAAGCAUAUUUCAGAUCUCAAAGCUAAAGCUAACUGCGAGAUUAGCUCAAGUGAGCAGAGAAUCUCAUCUCUUCAAGCGGUUUCGGCACAUUUAUGGCGAUCAGUUGCCAGACACAGUGGUCUAAACCGAGAAGAAGAGAGUCACUGUAGAGUAGCAGCGGACUUUAAGCAGAGGCUAAACCCUCCACUUGAGAAGGAGUGUUUUGGAAAUGUAGCCCAUCUCGGCGUAGCCACAGCCACGGUGGGAGAGCUGCUGGAUCAUGGUGUGGGAUGGGCUGCUAUGCAAAUAAGUAAAAUGGUGGGGUCUCUAACCAAUGAAUACUAUAGAACUUAUGAAGAGAAAUUGGUUAGAAAUGUGAAAAUCCCAAAAUUCGCUGUUGGAAGUAGAAUGGUUAUUAGUAAUUCUGUGGCUGUCACAAGCUCUCCCUGGUUCCAAGUGUAUGAUAACGACUUCGGUUGGGGUAAACCAAUCGCAGUUCGGUCAGGACCAAGCAGUGGUGUCGGUGGCAAACUCACCCUUUUUAGGGGGAUAGAAGAAGGAAGUAUUGAUGUUCAUGCAACCUUAUGGUCUAGUGUACUAAUAAACCUACUCACUGAUGUUGAAUUUUUGGAUGCAUAA